AUGCUCGUCCAAUUACGUCCCAAAAAAAAAGGCGCGAGAAAAAAAGACGGAAUUAAACGCGUUAUAAAUACGUAGGCGAAAUUUAUCGAAUACCUUGGAGGAAACAAUCAGGGCCGUGCGUGGGCGAAGUUUUCGAAGGGGGGACUGAAGGUCGGCGGGAUGGUGGGGCCCCCCGAGAGAUCGUCCUCGCGUCACAUCUACGAUUCUAUCCGCGAUCGCGGCUGAUCGGUUAGUCUUCCACGCGCCUCGACCGAGCGUCAAGUUGCGGGCAGAGUUGCAAGAAAGCGAAUUGUUUGAUUUAAAACGAAAGGAGAAGUCACGUCUUAACUCGAAGAAUUUACGCAGAGCUCCGAUUUGCAUCAUUGAGAGAGAGGGGAAGAAUCAUCGCGAGAAUAGCGCGUUCUCCUCCAGCCUGUAUCGUCAGAACUUCAUCUCUUUCGGCAGAUAAAAUUCCGGCAAGAUGCAGUACUCGCAAGCCACAGUCUUGCUCCUGCUCCUGUUCACCGCGGUGGUGAGCGGCAGCCACUACGUCCAGUACGUCCAGUCGCGGGUACUUUCCGGAAAUUGCGACAGCUACACGUGCGGCGUCAACGCGAGAUGCACGAUGAGCGAGGGGCGGCCGGUGUGCUCGUGCCUGAAUCUACACAUGGGAGACCCGCUCGCGCGGUGCACGCGGGUCGAAUGUUUAAUCAACGACGACUGCCCGUACAACAAAGUGUGCACGAACAACAGGUGCGUCGAUCCUUGCGUGGGUCUGUGUGGAUCAAACGCAAACUGCCUGACCAGAAAUCACAUAGGUACCUGCGAGUGUAUACCAGGAUACGUCGGAGAUCCGUUCUCGGGUUGUCAAAUCGCCGACCCUCAAGCUGCCUGCAAGCCGAGCCCGUGUGGAAUAAAUACCCAAUGCGAGGUAAUCAACGAGGUGCCAGUCUGCACGUGCCUACCGGGUUACCGAGGCUCGCCCUUGGCCGGUUGCCAUCACGAGUGCGAGAGCGACAGCGAUUGCCCUCAUCACCUCGCGUGCUCGUCGUCGUACAGAUGCGAGAGUCCAUGCAAGUGCGGCGAGAGCGCGGAGUGCGAGGUCAUCCAUCAUCAGGCGCGGUGCACCUGCCCGAAAACAUGGACGGGAAAUCCAUUAAUCGCAUGCCGACCGGAGUGCACCACCCACUCCGAGUGCCCGCCGAACAAGCCCGCCUGCCUCUAUCAGAAAUGCGUGAAUCCCUGCGACGGCGUGUGCGGCGUGAACGCCGACUGCAACCUACGCGGCACCACCCCCGUUUGCAGUUGCCCGAAACACAUGACCGGCAAUCCUUUCGUCAGCUGCAGACCGUUCGAACCACGCGAUCUCUGCGAGCCGAAUCCCUGCGGCGCUAACGCGAUUUGCACGCCGGGCCACGACAAUACCGGGAAGGAGAGGCCGGUGUGCACGUGUCCCACCGGCUACAUCGGCAGCGCUUUGACGAGCUGCCAGCGCGGGGAGUGCUUCACCGACAGCGAAUGCCCGGACAAUCGGGCGUGCAUCGACUUCACGUGCAGGAACCCGUGCACCGGCCGCGAAUGCGGCCCGAGCGCCACGUGCACGCCCCGACGUCACAUCGCGGUCUGUACGUGCCCGCAGGGAACCAGGGGCGACGCCCUGUACACCUGUAACCCGAUCGAGAGUAAAUCGGUGUACAAUUACGGCCGCGCCUACCGUUACCGCUACUACUAGUCACGCAAAAAGAGAGAAAAAAAAUCCAACAAAAAAAAACCGGAACCCACGUCUGAAAUACUCAACCGUUUUUAAUACCGCGUAAUUUCGCAUUCCAAUUCUAUAAUCGGGCGUACCUUCGCGAAGAAAUAAACCGGGGAGUAGAAAGAGAAAUUAACCGCCUAAUUCCUUACGCAGGUCGUGUAACAGAGUAAUAUAUAUUUUCCGUAACGCUACGCUGAUAAUAUUACGUCUUCCAAAUAAUCGUGUUCACCGUAGAUCUCACGCAAAAGUGUUCUGUAUGUUUUAUAUGCUGCGGCUGGUCGAAAAUCUAUAGUUACGAUUCUUAAUAAAAAAAAUAGAAGCAUGACGAUUUAUGCUGCAGUAUCAAGAUCCCUG